AUGAAGGGCUGGUACAAAGGAAUGGAUUGGGACAUGAUGUACAUGGGCCCCAUGGGGCCCAUGGGCCCAAUGCCCAUGAUGGGUGGUCCUAUGUUCUUUGGAAAGGGAUACAUGGACUAUGGCAAAGGCCCCAUGGACCCCUUCAAGGGCUUCGGCAAGGGCGGCUACCCCGCGCCAAAAGAGGCGAAAGGCCUCGUCAGGUCCAUCGUCUCCUCCCAGGUCGUCCCGGGGACUGGUGGCAAGUGGAAUAACGAUGAAAACACGCUCUUCGUUGGUGGACUUCCUCCAGACACAACGAACCUAGAGAUGUACCAGAUCUUCUCCGCUUUCGGACCCAUUGCCCCAAGAGGAGCCACAGCUCUUCUGGACAAGGACACCGGGCAGUGCACAGGCAUUGGCUUCAUCAACUACAUGACUGCGGAGGCAGCUGAGAAGGCAAUCCGAUCCCUCAACAGCUUCCCAUUUACAGACGGCACGCGGCUCACGGUGAAGAAGAAGAGCUCUCCGAAGAAAGGAGAGGGUAAAGGUGAAGGCAAGCACAAAGACGACAAAGGAACCUCCUCGCGCGCUCGAAAUAUUCGAAAUGGCGAGAGCGCGGCACCAGACUUUACUGAGAAAAAGCUGCCAAGUUCAGGGCCCUUCGGUACGGUAGGUGAGACUUCUCGCUUCAUGGUGGUCUCGCUACACCAUGUGGAUGCAAGUUGCCUGGCGCAGUUUUGUUCAGUGUCAUCGGACAGAAAUGCAGCAAGCCAGGGAAGGUUUCAUACGAAGAUGUUGGUGGCCGGAGCGGUCCUGCGGGGCGUAGCCUUUGGGAGCACCUCGCUUGCAAGCGGCAUCGAGCCGAAUGCUGAGAAGGUCGACCACCUCCCGCCUCCCGCCGAAUGCGAGAAUCCGAAAUACCUGCUGUUUGGUGGCAGUGCAAAUGCGAAGUCCCCUAAAAGAUUCAAUCCCUUUGUGGCAGCCGUUUCUCAAAGAAGAGCGGUCGGCGAGGGCGCGGCGAUGAGCCUCGGCUUUGCUGAGCCCACACGCCUCUCGGCAGGCUUCUACCACAGCCUGGUGCUCAGCAACGACCGGGAGCUCGCCACGGAUGGAGAUCGCCAAUCCCAAGUCCAUGGCUUCGGGACGAAGCGGAACUUCCUCCAGGCCACGACCACGGGCCAUGCGCCUUCUGGCCCUGGAAGCGCAGAGAAGCUGAGCUUAGCCGAGGGCCCCGAGGGGGAAGGCACCGACCUCUUCGCACGUGGAAGCACGGGAUUCACCGCAGAGCCUCAGCUCCUGGACUUGUCCCUUCUGAGUGGAGAUGGAGGAGAGGUCGUUGCUGUGAGCUGUGGGGGAAAUCAUUCCGCCUUGCUGCAAAAGCGUCCUGGGGAGGAGGGCGGUCAGGUCUGGAUUUGGGGUUUGGGAAACGGUGGUCGAUUGGGAGUGGAGCGGCCAAAGAAGAAAUCCGACUUGGACCACUUGCUGCAGACUUCCAUGUGCGCGGCUGAAGCGAAGGCAGCCCUUCUCAGCGAUAAGCCUUACGUGCAGCAAGUCACGAGUGGCGAUGGUAAGUGGGGCCUGAACGUGCCCUUGCGCGUGGACUUCGGCAUGGAUCGAAUUACUUCCGUAAGCUGCGGCACAGACUACACAUUGGCCCUGACAGAGAACGGCGCCAUCUAUGCCUGGGGCAUCGGGAGCUAUGGGAAUUUAGGUACCGGUAUGAUCUGCGAUCAGUGGACACCUGCCCUGGUUCACAUGCCCAGUGACGUGAAGUGCUGCCAAGUGGCCGCGGGCACAAAGCAUUCCAUGGCCCUGACUAGGACCGGAGGACUCUAUUCCUGGGGCCAUGGAGGUCAUGGUCGUUUGGGCCAUGGUCCAGCAUGUGAGGCAGCCCUGAAGCCAACACUUCUCCAAAUUGACACUGAGAGUUCGAAGACCUCAGCGCCUCGCUUCAAGUUUGCGGCCGUCGGGGAGGCCCACUCUGCGGCUAUCGAUCUCAUUGGCCAGGUUUGGUGCUGGGGUGCCGGCUCCUUUGGCCGCUGUGGCCAUGGUGAGGAGGAUGACAAUAUGUAUCCACGGCAAGUGAGCUCGAUGAUCGGGAAGAGUUGCUGCCAGGUAGCCUUAGGGGUUUGUCACAGCCUGGCCCUCACAUCCCGCGGCACCAUCUGGAGCUGGGGGGGCUAUUUGUACACGGGGCACGGCGAGAGUGAUGAUAUUGAGACUGCCAGAGAGCUGGAUGCUGAGAACCUGCAAGGUCACGCGAUCGUCGAAAUUGCUGCAGGGCGUUUCCAUUCUCUGGCCUUGAGUGGCACUGGCGAUGUCUUCAGCUGGGGCUCCGCAAGCAUGGGACGCCUUGGCCUCGGGCAGAACGUCAGCGAUCGGAAAGUCCCCGAGCGGAUUUCGAAUCUUCGUGGCUGGGUGCGUGAGACCAGGGGGCCCUCCACUUCCCAGUCUUGGGAGGAUCCGAAAGCUUUGUUGGAGACCCCGAAAGGCCAAAAGGCUCCGAGCCCGGAGAGCCAGAUCGAAGUUCUGGCCUGCGGCGGCAUGCAUUCCGCCGCCGUGGAGAAAGAUGGCUCCUGCUGGCUUUGGGGCACCGGGGAGUAUGGCCAGAAUGCUUCUUCGGAGGCCCAGGACGUCUGGAAGCCAAACUUACUCGCAGCCAUGGACCCCUUGUCCGGCUCCAAGAUCAAGGUGCUAACGAUCGGCUUGGGCCUGGAGCAUUGCCUCAUGAUCUCCAGGAACUUGGAGCUUUUUGCCUGGGGCCGGAACCACCAUGGACAGCUCGGCCUUGGAACGACCAAGGACAUGAGCGAGCCCACCUUUGUGGCAGCGCUGUCCAAAGUGAGCGCGGUGGCCGCUGGAGAGGAUCACUCUGCAGCGAUCACUCCGGGCGGCGAGCUCUACACCUGGGGCAAUGCCGAGUGCGGCAAACUCGGCCACGGGUCCAGCAUGAUUCGGAGCUCCAUGGGCUUUCCAAAGCAGGUCCGAAUCGAAAACCGCAUGAAGUCGGUGAGUUGCGGUUCCAUGCACACAGCCGUUAUCGGAAGCAAUGGGGAGCUAUUCACCUGUGGCGCAGGAUGGUUUGGCCGCCUAGGUCACGGAGACAUGGAUAACCAGUAUUCCUUGAAGCUCGUGCAGACCGUCCAGCCCGAUUUGGGCACCUCAGUGGAGAGCCCCAGGUUUGCGCAUGUGAGCUGCGGAUCUUUCCACACCUGCGCGCUGGAUGAGCGAUCGAUGUUGUGGGUCUUUGGCAGGGACUAUACAGUCUGCGAAGAGGAUCACGUGAAGUCACCCCUUCUCUUCAAGAAGAUCGAAGAGGGUGCUGAAUUGCUGUCUGUUGCAGCAGGGAGUAACCACACUCUUUGCAUCACUUCCCAAGGCAGCUUGUGGGGUUGGGGUGAUAACAGCAAAGGGCAACUUGGCUUGGGAAAAGGAUCUCCCGACCAAGUUGGCCCAACACUGAUCUCCUGCAAAGGCUGGGGUGCUGGAAAGCCGGAGCUUCUAGCCGUGACGUGUGGCCACGCCCACUCUCUGGCUUUUACAGAUUCCGGCGAGAUGUGGGCCUGGGGCCUUCAAAGCGGUGGCCGAUUGGCAUUAAAAGCGCCCUAUGAAGGCAAGUUCUGUCCCAUGCCUCAGAAAGUCUACCCUUCGUGGAAGCUGGUUGAGAAGCCGCAG